AUGGCAGAGCUCCCCACUCCUGAAACUCCCAGGCAAGCUUGUGGAGUUGGACGAGGCGAUGUGGACGCUCCUCCUGCAGGCUUCUCCGCCUACCGCGCCCUCGCCCUUCGCCAGCGCAAGCGCAAGGACGCAACUACCACAACCCCGGCGCCUCACAAUGGCAGAGGCAGAGAAGCGCUUUUGUGGGGUGAGGUGCAAAGGAAGCAGCAGGAAAAUUGGGAGAAAAUGGAGACCCAGGCGGUGCUUCAAGCUCCAUCGUCCUCCCGAUGCGUGGCGCGACUCGUGGUAAUCCUGGACGAGCAAGGCGCCUGUUGCUUUUGUAUGCACUGGGCGGUCUAUGCCUCGGACGGCACCGGGCUUUUAGCGAUGGAGGUAGCUGGCACUGGCCUGGUGGCUUUGGCCAAGGCUUUGCUGGCCAUUUUGCAACUGAUGCUUGCCAAAGGAUGGGCAUUGUUUUAUUCCCCGCAGCAGCUGUUGCAAAGGCAAGCCAUCGUGUCUGCAGUCUUGCUGAUCGUUGUGAUCUCCAUUCUCUGUGAGUUGCAUGAAGUUCUUUUUCAUGACUGGAGCGCCCGGAUCUAUAUGUACGAGAAUUGGUCGGGCUUCACCAUCUUGGUGCUGAACUGCCUCCUCUUCGCUGAGGCUUGGCGCUCCAUGCGGGACACCUUCGUGUUGGAGGGAACUGAAGAGAUACGGAGGUUUUACGUCUUUAUCUCCUUUGUUAGCAUUCUGUACUUUCUCACCUUGCCCUUGGUCUGCCUGCUGGCCUCCUUGCUUUCGCCCUGGGUUCGCGCCAAGUACGUGGAUCGCUGCGAGGCCAUCAAGGAUGGAUGCCAUGCUCAAUGCGCGGAUGGAGGACGCCAAUGCUCGGUAAGUUUGCUGUUGCUGGGCACUGUUGCCGAGCGUUGUGAUCAUCUCAUGUCGAGCUUCCUUCCGCUCUUGGAGGGACAGAUCAUCUCCGCUGCGGGCAGCGAGAUUCUGGGGACCAGGCUCCUUGGCGAGCCUCACGAUCUCUCUUUCGUGUUCAUCAUGAGCUUUGUUGGGCGCAGCUUCGUGGUUGCUUCCCUGGUGGCUCUGUGUCGAGCAGGUAGCAUUCGUGGCAGCAGCAGAGAGGAAGGACGCACUAUUUCUGUGGAGGAAGUUCAAGCCGGCUUGCAAGCUGCCAUGCAAACAGUGUUGGAUGGUGAUGACGACUCAAGGAUGCGUUCUGCUCGCAUUGAAGAGCGUGUGUGGCAAACAUUUCAGGCUCUACCCAAAAACGAUGUGGGUCGCUUGACCCCUCGCGGAGUUCGAUACUUGGUGCACAACUACUUCAUGAAAGAGCAUGGCUGGCUGAUUCAGGGCUUGGAUCCACAUGGAAAUCAGGCGAAUGUCUCUGAAGUUCAUGAGGUGAGCAUCUUGCGGGACAAGGCUCCUGCACUUGUUGAGUCAUUGUUGGAAGCACGGCGCUCCAAUCAUGGCCUGGCCCUGACAGACAUCGUCACCAUGAUUGCCGCGUUGGAACGAUUGAUAUUUGAUGAAUCUUUGGCUUUGCUUCGUGCAGCUUAUGCCUUCAACGAUGUCAGCAUGUUUGGAGAAGUGGAGCAGAGCCGGGUGCACGAUGUGCUCACUUCUUACCUUUUGCUCUUUCAGCUGGGCAGCAAAGGAAAUUUGUCUGAUGCACGGUUGCACCGUGCUUUGAAGGCCAGGGUCUCUCGUAGGGAUGACUGGCCUACGGUUGUGGAUUUCCAGAAGGAUGCGGUGAUGAAUUUCAACUAUGCCGAGAAAGACACCUCCAACCCUUUUGUCGAGCCGCGGUACACUUUCGAGGUAGGCCUGUUGGCGGGCCACUUUGUUCUUGGUGUGGCACAGCUGAAUGAGUCCGGUACAGACGGUGCCAGUGGCCGCCGUGGAAGGCCUCGCAAAGGAGAAUCAGUUCAGACGAAGGCUUCUGGACGCUUCGGGGGUCAAGCUCGAAAGACCUAUGGGGAGUGCACAACAGUGCUUGUGCCUGAGACUGGGCCUGUUCAAGAUGUCACGAAGAACUUCGUAGUUGUGCGAUGCGCAUACAAGAAGAAGAAAGCUUCCUUCGAGGGGGAGGAGGGAGUGACUUCGCUAUGGGUCUGCAAGACAUGCCUGUGGCACGAGAAAUGCCCCUCGCACAACCGCGCUUUGGCGCACAAGCUCGGCCCCGUGACCCACCAAGCGUGGUUGGAUUCUGGUCCUCUUAGACCUCGACGAGAACCAUGUGCUUUGGCUGAAAAUGUGAAGAAGCAAUUGCACGAAAUCACUCGCGCCACUCAUGGAAAUGCAAGGGUGAAGGCUUGUGAGCAGUUGCUUCCACAAGAGACCGUAGCUUCUUUAGCUAUGACUGGGGUGACCUUGGCCAAAACUUACUGCUCCUUCCAGAUGUGGGAUAGUUUGGAGGAAGCAGAGCCAGGAGGGCAGCCUCUGAAUUUGGAACGGGCCAAAUUGCUCGAAGCCCUGGAGAUUGUUGAAACUCAGUCUUCUUUCUCACGAGCAAAUCAUCCUCGCCGGAAUGAGCUUUUAGCGUAUGUUUCCAGUGGCGCUUACAAAGGCACGAACCGGCAAGAAGUGGCCAAGAUUUUGAAGACGCUAUACCGCCAGUGCUGUGACCAUGCCCUUGCUAUGGCACGGAAUUCCUUGUGCACAUUGACCUUUGAUGGCAUGUUCAACCAGGGCUACAACAUGACCAACUUUUGGGCUGUGAAUGCUGGGUGCAGGCACCACUUGCGCGCAAAGGACUUUUCGUGGAAAGUGCAAGAUGCUGCGACCCUAGCAAAUGAAGUAGCUGGCCUUGCCAAUAGCUUGGGCGUGGAGAUGAUUGCCUGCGUAUGCACCGACAGGAAGAUUCACUUGAAAGUGCCUCGUUCUACACGUUUCUGCUCUAUGCAAGCCAGCGGCGUGGCCUUCAUGUGGAACCUUGAGGACAUUCAAGUCCGCAGCGGGCGGCCGACGGAGGCCUUCAAGAGCAUGAAAGCUGGUGAGGGCGGUGACGAGUUUGUCCGCGUGAUCCACGACCGGAACCUGACUAAUCCCAUUGGUCGAUUGACGCUAUUCCUGCAGCCCCUCACCACAUUUGUUCGAAUGGCAGGGCGAGGUGUCACGUCUGAGGCGGUGAUGCUUUGGUACAACAUGGAGACCCAGAUGGACUUUCUCAUUGGCAAGUUUGACUUUGUGCGCCGGGGUGAGGCGAACGAAGCUUUGACAGAGAGGCGCCACCUGUGGCGUCAGUGGACAGAGCACUACCGUGAUGGAGGCCUAGCCCCUGGACGAAAAGAAGACAAAGUGAAAGACCCGGGCUUCCUUCAGGAUGCUCACUAUUGUGCCUUUUUGCUUGACCCACGCAUGUAUCAGCUAGCGAGGCAGCAUGCUCGUACUGCACCUUCUCUUCGCAAGGGCCUUCCUCGAGCCAAUCUCCACGAGGUGCGUGUCGCCUGUGCAGAUCGCAUGGUUCCCUACUUGCAUACCUUCUUUGCAAACAAUGCCUACGCCUUGGGGCGUGCAAUUGACUUUGAGGGACGCAAAGGGGUCUUUGCAAAUGUCGACUUCCGAGUGCAGCUUGAUGACGACAUGCAAUCCUGGUGGCGGCGAACCAAAUCGACUUGGCUGUCAGAGGUUGCGCUCCACGUCGCGGCCAUGUGCCCGACCAACCAAGCUGCUGAACAUGGGUGGGCUCACUUGUGCCGAGUCACAACGCCAGUGCGAAACAGAUUGUCAAUGGAUACGCGUUCGAUGCUCGCAACAGUGCAGCAUCAUGCCCACCACGUGCAUCCUUAUGUGCAAAACCAGGCUCCUGCUCAGAGCCAGAAGAAGCGCAAAAGCUGGGUACCACCUUCGCUCCGCUUUGAUGUGAAGCUGACAAUCGAAGAUUGUCGAAGGCACGCAGGUGCGGAUGGCGCCGAGCUGGGGCCUGGAAAGCUGCAAUCGCCUCUUGAAGCCGAUGAUGUGGACUCCAUGGACAGUCACUCCAGCUCGUCAACCUCUGAGGAGGACUCCUCGGACGAGUCUCAGGGUUCGGAAGGCGACAUGCCGCCUUGUGUGCCUUGCGAUCCUUUUGUCCAAGUUUCCGCAGAUGACUUGGAGCACAACCUUCGCAGUGAGAUGUGA